GAGCAAUCCACCCGGCUACAAUGCAGCCACUAGCCGUUUGCCAGGUUGUAGGGUUGUAGGGUUGUAGGAUAUUGUCAUAACUGACGGUAGCAGACAUCUCGAAGCCCAGAUCCUGAGAUGGUCGGUUAGAGAUGCCCCUAUCGACUCUCCAGGGGGGUUCCAUACCCUCAAAGUUUCUAAUAGGGAUUUAUGUUAACUUCAGUUUUCAGCUUUGACGACUAAAUAGUGUGGAAACCUAGCAUUAACCACAGCCGGUAAUUUCUUAUUACGUUGGGUAGUGUGGGGAGAUUAUGCGGCUCCGGUUAGAACGUAGGAGCCGACCUACCUUCUAGACGCAAGCAAUGCCUACCACAUAAUCUUGCUUUGACAUGUCGAUCGUACAACGAAGAGAAAAAUGACAGAUCAGAGUUGGCGGUACUCGAUAAGAAAUAACAAUAAGGCCCAUGUGGACAACCUAUAUGGCUAAUGCGAGUUUCCUCCUGUGGAGGCAAGCUGCGUGAAAUUCGGGCAGCUCAGAUCUCGUCGUCGCAAUUAGAAGAGAACUUCUUAGAAGCUAGCAUCAUGUGUUUGCCCCUCGUCCUUAGGUUACUAAAACGGUUGGAUAUCUUUUUGGAAGGGAGCAAACAUAGCCCCUAUAAAAGAAGACCGGCGUCUCGUAAGGUGAGACUAUAAGAUCGACUCGCCUUUGUUUUUUAGCUCGCUUGAAACUACUACGAUAGUCUAUAUUACUUCAUAAUCCAAGCUUCACUCCUAUCUAUCCAUAGCCAAAUUCAACGCAGGAUCUAUUUCUAAACUGCAGACAUGUGCGACUACGAUGAAUUCUUAUUCGAAUGCAACCACUCUGUCUGUCGGUUGAAGUCUUACUGCCACUUUGCGCGUAACGACCCGAAUCAUAUAUGUCUUGGAGUAAAGAAGCUUCGAGAUUCAUGGCUUCAGGAGGGACAGCUUUGCGAACAAUGCAUCAGGAGCGGUUUACGCUUCGUGGAUGGAAGGAUAUGGGCCCCCUCACAACGAGCACGGUAAAAUAUACGCAAACGUGAGGAAGAUGGCCCGAGUUACGCACGACAUACUACGUACGCAUCUAGUUAGACGUCGGGGAGUCUUUGUACAACGCUACGGGAAUAACGAGAAAUGACUACGACGGUCUAGAACGCGGGAUAGCUGCUCACCUGCAGCCCUGGGGAUUGUUAUUUCGAUUACUUGGGUAGAGGAUGCAGUGAGUCAGGAAGUUUUGUAUGUUGCUUACCACCCGUUACGAACUUUGGCGAAGUGUUUCGAAAGGAAGGACAGACAUGCAAAGACAACUGUCUGUGAGACGUUUCUGUAUAAUUGGGAGCGUGCCUGCGAAUUUAUUACCUAUUUAAAUCUUUGGAAGCCACUCUGAAUAUUACAAUGCAUUAGUAUCC